CUUGAUGUAAAAUACCAUGAGCGAUAGUAUCCCAGUAGUCUAAAAAGUAACCAUCGGUAUAACUAUCGAUGUUUGGAGAGCUCUAGAGUCUACAAAGAACUACAAAGCAAAGCAAUGUCGUCGCAGCAGAAUCAAUUGGAUUAUAUUAGCCGUUAUUUAAUUUAUAAGCUACUCAAAUAUUUUGGACCCGAUGCAGCGUUAAUUUCACAACGCAUUGAGUCCUCCAAUGGCCUGGACGGCUUCAUGUCCGCUCUGUAUACCGUGCAGUUGGAUAUGAAAGUCAACGGCAAUGAUAAGCAGGAAACAAUGCUGGUGAAGUUUAUGAAGGGUAGCCCAGAGUUCCGUAAAGAUAGCAAAUCAUAUAUACAAUUUGCAAACGAAGUUCUUGUCUAUGCGGAACUACUGCCGGCCUAUGAGCAUCUGUUGCGCAGCAGCAAUCUCAAUACGGAUCUUGUUGAGGGCUUUGUGCCGCGAUGUUACUUUGCGCAGUUUGGCCAAAUUGAGGGCAUGGGUGAAGCCAACGAGUCCGUGCUGGCGCUGCAGCACUUAAAGCCCGCUGGCUAUGAGCUGGGACCGCGCUUGACGCUGCGUCGCGAUCAACUGGAGGCCAUGUGCAAUGUGCUGGGUCCAUAUCAUGCGCUAGGCUAUGCGACGCGCAUAUUGCAGCCGCAGGUGCAUGAACGUCUGAAGAAUAGCAUCAAGGAGCUGCCAUUUGUUUAUCCAAGCGGCACCACCAAUCUAUAUGAAGCGCUUUAUCGUGUGGCCUUUGAUCGCUUCUAUGAGUACUAUGAUCGUCAGCGUGCGCAAUUGCAGCCAGAGGAGGACUUUGCUGCAGCUGUGGAGCGCCUGCGCGCCAAAUACUUUGCGCAGCCGGAACAUAUAUUGGAGGGAGUUAGAAUCAAUGCCAGCGGGGACAAGUUUAGCACCUUUCUGCACGGCGACUUCAAUCGGAACAAUGUCCUGUUCCAUGAGGACGCCGCUGGCCGAGUCGACAACAUUAAGAUGAUUGAUUUCCAGGAGCUGCGCUAUGGCACCACUGCCAUUGAUAUUAGCUUCUUUCUCUAUAUAAACACGGCGGCCGCAGAGCGUGAGCAGCUAUUUCCCCGAUUGCUGCAACUUUACUACAAGCGCAUGUACGAGCAGCUUGAGCUGCUGCUGCAGCGCAACACUCCAAAGCUGCUAGACGAGGAGCAGCUACAAGUAGAGCUAGAGCAUUAUAGCUUUCAGCGAUUCGAGGAGCAUUUCAAGAAGUAUGCAUUCUAUGGCGUCAUGAUUUGUAUGCAUUUCCUGCCCUGGCUGCUGGGCACUGAGGAGGACUGUGAACGACUCUCCAAGCUAUUCGAGCAGGAUAUGUACGGCGCAGAGUUUCAUCAACUCUCUAUGCAGAUUGCUGGUGACGAGGCCAAUGUGCAAAUAUAUAAUAUAAUGCAUCAUGCCUUUAAGCAGGGCUACAUGGACGCUGUCUUUGGAUUCCAAGUGUAGUAGUAUUAAAUAUUAAGUGCACUUCAAUUGCAUUUCCAUUUUCUUUUUUAGACUGUAAGCAAAGUUUACACAUAUAUUACAAAUUUACAAAAAUAAAUGUUCUAUCGCUCAAA